ACAUUUAAUUAUUUCUAUAAAUACUUUCCUAUAAUUCAUCUCCGUUACCAUUAUUUUCGGUGAAUUCUGAAAAUGGGCGAUAAAAUCGAAGAGCAAACGCAUGAAGUAGAAGCAAAGCAUCAUCAGUCAGAGACCGAUACCUCAACGAUGACAAUGUCGGAAAUCGAGACACCUCAGGAUCAGGGAAAACCCUCAUUGGGAUCUCCGAAAAAGCCCGACAGUUUCUCCUUCAGCAUCUGGCCGCCGAUUCAGAAAACCCGCGACGCCGUGAUCGAGCGCCUCAUCGAGACGCUGUCAUCGCCGUCGAUUUUGUCCAAGCGUUACGGCACUAUUCCCCGCGAGGAGGCUUCCGAGAUCGCUAAGCGUAUCGAAGAGGAGGCGUUCAACGCCGCCGGAGCGAACGACGGCGGCGGCGAUGGAAUCGAGAUCCUCCAGGUCUACUCCAAGGAGGUGAGCCAGCGGAUGCUCGAAGCCAUCAAGUCCAGAUUCGCCGGCGCGCCGGCGCCGGAGAGUGUGCCGGCGCCGGAGAGUGUGCCGCCGCCGCAGGAGGGCGAGAAGCUCUACGCUCGCCUUGAAAUGGUGGCCCCUGAGGAUGCGCCUUGAAAUGCGGAUUGAGGUUUCUAGAGACAUUAUAUAUAUAUAUAUAUAUAUAUGUUUGCAGUUGGAACAUUAUUGGAGUUCAGUUAAUUGAAAAUGCUCGUUUCAUGAUGCUCUGAUAAUUUGAGAUCUAGUCGUGUUGUCUUUGGAUUUACAACACUGCUUAUAAUAAUAUUCAGUCUUUAUUAAACUUA